CGCGAACUUUUUUGCUUCCGCUUUGUGAUCUCUUUUCCUCUCGCUGCUCACCUCGUUGGUCCCAGGGUUGUGCUGGUUAGUUCGUAAUCAUGUCUGAAGAAAAUGUCUUGAUCGGCGUUAUUGGUGGUAGUGGAUUGUACCAGCUCGACAAUCUUACUGUUGUGAAGACAGUCAAUCCAGAAACACCCUGGGGCUUCCCAAGCUCACCUAUUACGAUCGCCGCCCUCCCUUCUGGCACCAAAGUCGCAUUCCUGGCGCGCCAUGGCAUCGGGCACGUCAUCCCGCCCUCGAGCGUCCCCAGCACCGCCAACAUCGCCGCGCUCAAAUCUCUCGGCGUCUCCGCCAUCCUCUCCUUCAGCGCCGUCGGCUCCCUGCGCGAGGAAAUCUCCCCCGGGUCCUUUGCGCUCCCCUCGCAGAUCAUCGACCGCACCAAAGGAAUCCGCGAUUCGUCCUUCUUUAAUGGCACGAGUAUCGUUGCGCAUGCGAUGUUUGGGGACCCGUUUAGCAACAAGUUGAUUAGGUGGUUGGAGCCGAGGGUGAGGAAGGCGUUGGAGAAGGAGGGGAAGGGUAAACUGUUGUUUACGGAUAAGACGAUUGUGUGUAUGGAGGGCCCGCAGUUCUCGACGAGGGCGGAGAGUGUGAUGUAUAGGCAGUGGGGAGGGGAUUUGAUUAAUAUGAGUGUGUUGCCUGAGGCCAAGUUGGCUAGGGAGGCGGAGCUUUCGUAUGCUCUUAUUGCGAUGGCGACCGACUAUGACUCGUGGCGCCCCCACUCGGACGCUGUGACCGCGCACGACGUGGUCCAGACCCUGCACGACAACGGUGCUUCAGCCAAACUCGUCCUCUCGACCAUCCUCGACGACCUGCACACUACUAUUAAUACCCAUCACCGUGCUCUGACGAACGGGAACUCUCAGGAUUUGGAGGCGAUCAGGGAAGAGGAGGCGCUCCUCCAGGAGAGGGGAUCCAUGAAGUUCAGCAUCAUGCCUGCCUCGCCACAGCAGAAGGCGGAGGAUAGGAAGAAGUUGGCGUUCAUCCUUCCUGAACAUUUCAAAGAUGCUGCGUAA